CCCACAUUACUCUUUUACAAGUGUCAAAGCUAGCGUAAAAUGGCCUGCACUCGGGCCCCAUUGCCCCGGAGAAACACACACACACACACACACGCACACACGCACACCCAGACAAACACAAAGAUUACAGAACAGAGCAGGUCAAUGCAAGAGGAACAAGGAAGUCAUAAUGCCUUGAAGGGACGGGUGUGAUACUGAAGGGACAAAUUUUUAAGGGAAUUUACCGGAGAGACUUCCAUGAACGUAACAAAGUCGUUCCAAUUCUUCCUUAUCAGUAAAAUGAAGUGGACUUCAAUAAUGCCACCACACCUGUAUUGUAAUAGGCGGUUGGAGACACCACUUGUUGUCAUGCAUGUAGGGGGAUUGGAUUUUGAAAGCCAGGAGGCUAUAUAACAGGAACACUGUUCAUCUCAAUCCAUGAUCUGGACCAAAGUCACCUCAAGUUUGUUGAUAGAGGAGAGGAAAUUGUGUCACAGUAGUUCGGGAUUCAUCAUGUCAACGAAGCAAGAUGAUAUUCGGGCGGCUGAAAAGAGAGUUCGAGCAGGGACCAAUUCCUAUACUAUUGCUCGCGAGUGUCUCGUUCAGAUCGACAAUGCUACCAAGUUCAUUCACUUUAUCAGGCCCAGGACUUACCUGUUAAGUGGAUACCUCGCCGUAUCAUUGGAAUCUGAGGUCAAGCCAGGAGCCAAUGAUUCAGCCCUCUUUGUCAAGACACCAAACUCACUAAGAGGCUCCGUUGGCGUCUUAACCUAUGACCUGUCCCUCUACGGUUCACUCACCACUGGGAAAAUGGCCGUCAUGUUUUUUGUGCCGUUUAACUUAAACUUCUAUGAAAACUGGUUUGCUGUGGGAGUUUUCACAAGCAAAAUAAAAUGUGAUGAUGAGCUUUACCAUGAGAUGUAUUACAACAACAGCAGUUGUUUUGUGAGAGGGAAAGCCAAAGACGGCACUCUUACCUAUCAACAUGACACAUUUGUUAUCGAGGCUUCAAUGUCCGACACCUACACCGCAAUCGUAAAUGUGAAAGUUAAGGAAAAAGUGUAGGCAUGGGUCGAGUUGGUGGAGUGCAAUGUAAAAAAUCGGCACUUUGCCAUUAAUCAAUGAAUCAACGAACAAGUUAUAGACGCUUUAUUUUUUGAUGAUUGUGGUCAUUGUGACAGCUAUCAAAUAUGACUCCAUCUGUACGUCUUGAGUCAAUAAAGUCAUAUGUAUCAACAAUAUGUGAUUGUCAUUAUUAUUGUUAGAUGAAUGAAGACAGCCACUUGGUCAUUGGCGGCUAGUUCGUAUACUGCUGCAGAUUACACGUCACAAUAAUUAUUCUGUUAGUAAUGUAACUCAUUCAGAAUUUUUCUUUUGCAACUCUAGCAAUCUCCUAUCUCAGAAUCCUCUUUCAACCUCACCUUCCACAAUGCUAACCUAACCUUCCUCCUCUCUCAUCCCUUGCUGCUCCCUCCUCUUCCUCCUUCCUUCCUCGAUAGACAACGUUACCCCCCCUGACCUAUAGGGCCCCAUAAGGGCCAGGAAACACUCGGCUUCUAUCCCAACACAUGGAGGGGCCUGUGCUCGGGCCCCUUGGCCCUGGAA